AUGGGAUGCAUUCUAACUUGCAUCACGAAUCUCUUCUCCGCUUUCACGCACACUUCCAUAAAUACCGCCGUCGAUGGGGUGGACGAUUUCUUAAAGGAGAGCUACAGGAAACGGGGAACUUCAUUGAGCGAUGCACAAAUUUCGUUGAUUCGCGGCGUUUACAACAGCGUCUAUUAUGCGGGACAAGUGCUGGGCGCAGUGUUGGGACCGCAUCUCCCCGAUAAGUAUGGAAGGAAAAAAGCCUACAUUGUCACCACAAUCAUGAUGACCAUCUCGAGUGUCAUUCAAGCCGUCGCCACUCUAACAAUUUAUCCGGAAAUCAUGAUUCUCGGUCGAUUUGUCGGUGCUUUCUUUGCUCCAAUGAACGACACAGUGAUGUUGUUGUAUUGUCAGGAGACGAGCACUCCAAAAAUGAGGGGAGUCCUCAACUCUCUCUUUUCCUUCGGAUACUCAGCGAUGGGCUUAAUAGGAAUGAUCGUUGGAAUGAAGACAAUUUUGGGGAAUCAUUUGACGAUUCUUCUAAUGAUUCCCGUUCCGUUCGGGUUAAUUGGAUCGUUUUAUCUCUUCUAUUUGAGAGAGACUCCAAAGUGGUUGGCCAUUGCAAAAAAAGAUCGAGAAGCUGCGCGGAAAGCUCUUGAAUUCUAUCAAGGGAAGAAACCGGAGAAUGAGAGAAUUCUUGACGAAUACCUCAACGAGUGUAAAGAAGAAAAAGAAAAGAAAUCCUUCUCGGAUCUUUUCACCGUUCCACAUCUUCGAAAAGCUCUGUUUCUCGGGAACAUUUGUCUUCUCCUUCAGUUGCCGUAUUUUUCAUUUCUCCUCUCGUCGACAUAUUUGAUGAAUCAAAUUGGAGUACCAAGUCAUCUCUCCGCCUGGGGCUCGACGAUAAUCUCCACGACUUUGGUCCUGUCGAAUCUCGUCGCCAUUUUUCUCAUCAAAACGUUCAACCGUCGCUCACUGAUCCUCACAUUUUCCUCACUUGGAUACAUUUGUGUCUCACUUUUUGCCAUCGCUGGUCAUUUCCCAUCAUUGAAAUAUUUGGCGGCAAGCGGAAUGAUCGGCUUUAUGCUGUGCUUCGGUUUCGCCAUCGGUCCGAUUUGUUUCCCGAUCACGUGUGAGCUUGUCCCAUUGCAGUAUCGCUCGUCAGCAAUCUGUUUGGCGAUUUCGAUAAACAGCAUUUUCAUCGUGGCCGCUAAUGUGGCCAUUGAACCGUUGAUGGAGACAUUUGGAUCAUUGUCAACGCUUUUCCUUUUUGUUCUCCCCUGUUUUCUGUGUCUUAUCUAUAUAUAUUUUCAUCUACCAGAAACAAAAGACUACGAGACUCACGAAAUUGUGCAAAUGAUCAAGGAAGGGAAAACGAGUCUACGAAAAAAUGAUUCUGACAAGUCAAGCAAAAAAGUCGUCGAA